AUUAGUUCAUUCGGUUCUGUUGUGUAAAGCUAAAGCUUUCACCCGAGUCAGCGGCUCGGGGUUUAUUACUAUGGUGAAUACUUAAAGCGCCGAGAUAUUUAUGACAGCAUGGACAGUAAUGUUUGAACAGUUGCACCAUGUUAGCGACAGUCAGUAUUUUGCAGGGAACGUUCCUUGUCGCAGUGCUCUAAUUUCUCAAUGCAACUCCCUUAUUUUCUUCCAUCCGAAACGAGAGAUGGUCCAAGCGGCACUUUGCUCCUUAUUGAUCUCCUGUCCGUUACAGGAAGACACCACAGUUGUCAGAGUAUCUUCAGCUAAGGCUUUCUUUUGCCCCAAAGCGUUCGCAGCUAUGUAGCAGACAGCUCCUAUCAGCUAUCUACUUUCAGCGCGUUUCCAAACUGUUUUGUCAAUCGCCUCGCCUACAGAGACUACUGGAAGGUAUGAAAGAGAAGGAUGGGCAUUUGCACUUUUAACUGACGCCGGACCAGUCCAAGCGUGCCGAGUCAAAGAGGGCUCGAGUGCUGGAUCUGCGAAUAUCGCUGUCUGAACUCAAAUUCACAAGCCGGAUUUCAGUACAGCGAAAAUAGAUAUUUCAGUUUUGGAAUCAAGAACGCCGGAGGCAAUGCCUAAGACCGCAACAGGAUCGUUACAAUAGACCUGUCUGUCUGCGGCUUCCUUCACUUCUGAUGAGGCCCAACCCGACUUAAACUUCAGGCCGCUUCAGUGCUAACUCAGAGGGAAAGGAUGGCUAACUCAACACAGACAAAUGCAUCUCUCAGCAACCUAACAGACAUUGAAAGAGGGAGUGCUUACAAAACAGUUGAAGUCAUCUUCAUUGUGAUUGUAGCAGGAUCUUUGAGUCUGGUGACCAUUAUUGGAAACAUUCUGGUUAUGCUUUCUAUCAAAGUAAACAGACAGUUACAAACAAUUAACAACUAUUUCAUUUUCAGCUUAGCCUGCGCUGAUUUGAUUAUUGGUGUGUUCUCCAUGAACCUGUACACCAUUUACAUCGUCAUUGGCUACUGGCCCAUGGGCCCAGUGGUGUGUGAUUUAUGGCUGGCCCUAGAUUAUGUUGUUAGUAAUGCAUCUGUCAUGAACCUUCUUAUCAUCAGCUUUGACCGAUACUUCUGUGUGACAAAGCCUCUCAGCUACCCUGUGAAGAGAACCACCAAGAUGGCAGGGAUGAUGAUUGCAGCUGCUUGGGUGCUGUCAUUUAUCCUGUGGGCUCCUGCCAUUCUCUUCUGGCAGUUCAUUGUAGGUGGGCGGACAGUUAAAGAGGGUGAGUGCCAUGUGCAGUUCUUCUCAAAUCCAGUUGUCACUUUUGGCACCGCAAUAGCAGCCUUCUAUCUACCAGUUAUUACCAUGACGAUUUUGUAUGUGCACAUAUCCCGUGCUAGCAAGAGUCGGAUCAAGAAGGAUAAGAAAGAGCCAGAGUCCAACAAAGGCACCACUUCUCCCAGUCUAGUGCGAGGUAAAAUAAUGAAACCGAAUAACAACAACAUUUCAAGUGCACCUGAUGGGUUGCAGAAUGUCAAAGUUCAAAAUGGCAAGGCAGCUGGUGAAGGAAUGACAGAUCAUUGUGGCCAAGGAGAGGAAAAGGAGGUCUCCAAUGACUCAACUUCCCUCAGUGUGGUCCCUUCCAUCCAGAAGGAGGAAGGAACGAUUGAUGAGAGCACGAAGGUCUCCACUGCACAAAGGCAUUUUAGCAUCAGCAGCUCCAAGCUCUCCUGCAUAAAGGUUGUCACUAAAUCCCAAAAGAGUGACUACUGUGCUACCACAGUUGAAAUCGUGCCAGACAACAGCACCAAGAAUGGCAAAGACAGAGAGCUCACCGCAGCCCACAAGAUCAUUAAAGUGACAAAGACCCCUGCUAAGAAAAAGAAGGGAGUUGUAACCCGGGAGAAGAAGGUGACUAGGACCAUCCUGGCUAUUCUUCUGGCAUUUAUCAUUACCUGGACCCCAUACAAUGUCAUGGUGCUCAUUAACACUUUCUGUUCAGUCUGCGUCCCUAACACAGUAUGGACUAUUGGAUACUGGCUCUGUUACAUCAACAGUACUAUCAACCCUGCCUGCUAUGCACUAUGCAAUGCUACCUUCAAGAAAACCUUCAAACAUCUCCUCUUGUGUCAAUAUAAAAACAUUGGUGCAUCAAGAUAAAAUCAGCAACAAGCUCAUCUCCAUGAACACUUUAUACAUGUUGAAGAUGACUUUCAUAAUGUUUAUCGAUAAAUGUAUGUGAGUAAAAUGUUCAACAUGCCAAGUUAUGGUUCAAGUAGACAUUAUAUGUAAUAUGGUGAAAGCACACUUGAAUUAUGUCCAAUGAAUUUCUAAUAUCUGUUUAAAUGAAGAGUGUGCUGAUUAUUAUAAUGUUUCUGUGUGAAAUAGUAAAUGAAUCUGCCCAAAUUUCAAAUACAGUGUGUUCCAAUUAAUUGGGACACACUGGGACUUGUACGUUUUGGCCCGACUAAAUGUCUGCCCCAAUUAGCCGAAGUUUCACGGAAAUAGUUAACAAGGUAUAAAAAAAGACAAACUACCAUUUAAAUAAGUAACAAAUUAUGUAUUUAAAUAAAAUACAGAAUAAAUUAGAACACAACCAAAAUCACUGCAGUAUAUAAAACUGUAUUAGUUCCCAAUUGUUAUGCUGGAAUUCAUUCAGUAUACACUGACGUGCUCUUUUGAUUGACUGUAAAUAAACAAAAUUAUUACAGACACCAAGUGCAGAUAGUGGGCAGCUUUCAAACAGUGCUUUUGAUGAUUGGAACCUCCAAAUCCUCAUUUUAAUUGUAACAUUCAAGAUGAUUGCUGAUACCUUCAAAUUCAUCAUAGUACCUAACUUGAUGAAGUAGUGAAAUUGUUUCAUUUCACCCCAGCCGUUUCUGGCAUCCGCAAGCCUGAAUGCUUGAAACCACAGUGAGCAAAACUGUUCCAAAUCGUCUUACUGAUUAUCAUUUGCCUAUGAUCAAUGACAAAAAUCACUGCUUGUUGAACACAAACACACAAGUGAUGCUAUUUAAAACUGUUGCUUUAAUUAGUGUAUAAUGGCCACAUAACUUGCAUGUGUCUGACACUGGUUGGAAACUGUUUGGCAACAGAUUCCUGCCCCAAUUAAGUGGCUUAGUUUCCCAAAUAAACCAAGGAAUCCCAAUAUUUUCAAUUUAUUUUUUUCAUUAAGUGUUGUCCUAGAAAAGCGGCUGCCCCAAUUAACCAAUGGCCCAAUUAAUCCCAAUGCACUGAAUUACAAAAUUCAACUUUUAUGAUAUUACUCAGUAUCAAAACUUGUAUCUUGUCCUCUUAAUAACUUUGUGUUUCUAAUGGAUGCACACUUCAUUACCUUUCAGUUAGUCGUUCUAAUUGGUUGCUUCGAAACUAUCCUCGUUAUUUGGAAUUUAGAUUUAAAGAAAGAAAAUAUUUAUUCUAUAGAUGGUCUCCUAUUAUAAUAAUUCAUAGCAUUUUGUUGUGGCCCAGGCUGGUAAAAAUGCAUCAGAGUGGUUCUCCUAGUGGAUUAUUAUCCUUCAACCACACUAAGAUCUACUCCUGAUUAUUAAGAACUCAAAAACUUUGAGGCCAGAAUUCAAGGAACAACAUCAAUAAUCCACUAGAUUUAAAUAAAUUAAUUUUCUUUUUCCUUCACGGAUUUUUGACUGGGGUCUUCUACUAGCACUGGUAAAUAAGCUAAUGUAAAUCUUGUGGUCUAUCUGCUCCAGCUCCAGAAAUCUGAGAUGAUGUGUACAAGAUUCCACUGUGUCUUCCUGCCUAUAAAGCCUGUUGUAUAAGUGUGUUUAGUCAAAGAAUAUGAGGCAUCAGGAUAUUGCCUUUUGUUACCUGAUACUGGGAUUACUUGGUGAUCCUGGCAGCCUUAAGAUUAGGUGACGAAAGAGAUUUGUAUAGCACCCUUAAUGAAGGAUAAAAAAAAUCACAGAAGAAUAACUAGAAGCACAACACACUGGGAAAUGGUUCCAAAAGAACAUGAUGAACCAAAAUACACUCCCUCAAUCUGGAGCUGAAAGUACCCAUGGAUAAUAUUUUGCCCUUUUUUUAAGAUGUUGGCUUUUAAUUUCUGACUGUUGGCAUUUAAAAGACCUAUGCAUAAACUGCUAAUGAAUUUUCCUGCUACUGAAACUUAAUCCAAAAGCCACUAACUUGUCAAGGCAAUAUCCUGGGGACUAAAUUAGAUGGGUCCAGAAAACUAGCAUAAGGGUUAUGCCCAAUUAGCCUGCCCUGAUGCCUGUAAUUUCCAGUGUUGGAAUUAGGUCAGAUUAUGCUGACUGCACUUCUGAAUGAUCGUUGCUUGAAGUCAGCUUUUAUAGGGCUAUUUAUUAUCUUCGUGCCUCAAUACGGACACAGAUUUGUGUUUAGCAAACGUUAGUUAAGCUAACCUGCAGUACUCAAAGCCUGAGUGUGUUCUUCCUACAGGGGGUGGGAUUAAGUAGCACAGAAGCACAUGUAGUAAGUGUUGUAUCUAUUUUUCAUAGGCUAUUUUCAAAUAAAUAUUCAAAUAGUCUUGCAUAAAGCAGAAUAAAUCCUUCCACCUCAUUCCACCCCGGAUAUUAGACGGGGAGCAGUAGUUAGAAUGGCUGAGACAUUCCAUCACAUGUCCUCACGGAGAGGUGCUGCUUCAUGUUAGUGGGACUAUCCUGUUGGGUCAAUGGUCAAUCCACAGCUGAAUGCCUAACCCUUCUCAAAUUCUACUUCUCCUUUAAUCCACAAUUUCUCCUGUUUUACCAAAAAGUACAUCUUUUACAUUCGCCCGUGUCCCUCAACACUUUGCUACUCUUGUGAGGUCCAUGUCAGCCGACCAAGAAUCACACUCUAGUAAGGUGGUGAUGGAAGGGAAUUUAAAUGAUGGCACAGAUUCACUCAGUCUGUGACCAAACCAAGUGCAUUAUUUAGCGAUGGGCUCAGCGGUGUAUCUUUGCACGUGGAGUGACUCUGGGCAUGCAGCCUACACCUUGGGCUGGGGAUGUACGAAUAAUUCAGUAGAUCACAGACAGGUUCUAGUGAAAAGGAGUUAAGUAAGGACUUUUGUGGAUAAGAAGGUUAAAUAAGGUCAAAUUCUUGACUGCAGAAAACGUGAGCAAUGUCAAAGAACAUGGAGGAGUCCACAUCCAUUGCUUCACAGAAGCGCUGAGUAACUCCAUUUUGGGUUGAAGACCUAGUGCCUUGCACCUGACAUCUCAGAUCCUGAUGCAGCAUAGACAGACUCCAACCAAGUGUUUGUGUCUUUUUCUUAGCAUUUAACUGCUUGACACGGAGCUGGUUAACAAAAGCAUAGCCCCUGUAAAGGGAAGCCUGUGCAACACAGAGCAGAAUUACGGUCAUAGAAUCAUCAAAAAGUACAGCACAGAAACAGAUCCUUCAGCCCAUCUAGUGGGGGCCGAAAAAUUUAAACUGCCUACUCCCAUCGUCGUGCGCUGGGACCAUAGCCCUCCAUACCCCUACCAUCCAUGUACCCAUCCAAACUUCUUUAAAAUGUUCAAAUUGAACUUGCAUGUACCACUUGUGCUGGCAGCUCGUUCCCCUCUGAGUGAAAAAGUUUCCCCUCAUGUUCCCCUUAAACUUUUUCCCUUUUUCUUCUGCUGUGUAUUGCAGAACUCUUCCUGGGCGGUGUAGGCAGUAGAAUCUUUGUUGCAGCUCAGCAGUAGUUUGCUCUUUCACAAUUUUGUCUGGUAGCCAUGUGGCAUUUGUGUGUGCAAGAAUCCCUGUGUUGCAGACCAUGUUGUAGGCAUUGACCCUUGAACUCCCAUAACUGCCUUUUGGUUAGUUGUGGUGGUCAGCUGCAGAGUGCAGCAGACAGUUACGGACUGCAACUAUCCCGACAGCUCCAGGCACCAGCGCUGAUUUGUGUCAAUUCACUGACUGGUCGUGUGCUGCCUGCUCAUCAAGAGGGUGGUUAUUCCUUUUGGUCAAGUUACACCUAGAGCAGGUGAUCCCAACCUUUUGUAUGCCAUAGACUAGAACCAUUAAGCAAGGGGAUCGUGGAUGCCAGGUUGGCAUCUAGAGCUUCAAGGUGGCAUCUGCAGAGUUGUGGUCUGAUCACCCUGCACAGCGAAGGAGCUUGCACAAAGCUACUCACAGAUUCCAUUCUUGCUUCUCUGGCAUUGGAGACUGUCCUUUAGGGGGGUGACAGCUGGUGCAUUGCCUCUUCAGCUUUGAGCUUCUAAUUAUGGCUGGAGAAGGUGACAGAUUUGGGUGAGAAUGUCUUUACUGAACCACCAAUGCCUGGCAGAUCGUUCUCUCACUGAGUUUCAGAGAAUUGCUCCUGAAUAUUUUGCGUAUGAGAGCCCUUCUUCUAAGAGACUUCCCUCGCUGUCUCCCACAGCUUCCUCUCUCAUCAAGCAGCUUGUCCUCUCUGUGCUCUCUGCUCAUUCUGCAUACAAGAAUACCUGCUAAUCCACCCCCCCCCCCACCAUAUCUGGGAGAAACUGGUGCGUGCAGAAGCCUUGAAGUCAAGCCAAAAGCUUAGUGGAUUGGCACGUCAUUACCUGUACACUGCCCAAGUGUAAACAUUAGAAAGUACCAAACCUUUGUGGAUUUCCAGUUCACUAAUCAGAAAUGAAUCAAAUCUCUCAGCACAGUCUCAACUAACUAGGGUUUUUCAGGAAACGCAUGAGAAUUUCAAGUAGCCUGCUGUGCUUAAAAGGUGUAGUGUUAUCACUGCAAGUGUCUUGGAAUAAAUAGGAAUGCAUCUCUGUAUUGUAUAGAGAUUUAUCACAGUGAUGAAAGGAUUGAACCUUUGUAUCGGCAGAGCUGUCUAAAGGAAUGAAACAUUUUAUGAUUACCAUUGCACAUCAGGAUAUUUUGAAAUAGCUGUACAGUUUUGAAAAGGAAAGUCGGUCCUGAGGAGUCUCGAAGCUGUUGAUUGAUUUCUGCUUGCUGUGAUUAGGAUGUCUCAGGGUUUUGUUUGUUUUUUGAAUUCCUAGACUUAGGCUAGUGCACAGGGAUUGGUGUACCUGUGCUUUACAUUUUAUUUAUGCAGAAACCAGUUUAUCCCAGAUAUAGCAGGGAUUUGGAGCCAUUCCUCCUGUGAUGAAGAAUGAGGUGAGGGCCUGAAGAAAGAGGGCAAGCAACUCAAAGAAGGAGAGGAAAGAAAGAACACUAAAGGGCUUUGGUAACUGCAUGGAAUAUUCAGAAGCAAUUCUUCCACCUAAGCAUCAAUGUAUCAGUGUAUCAUAUAUCUGUGUUUUAGGAAAGAUGUUCUCUCUAAAACCUGCCACCUGUUCCAAACAUUGAUAAAAUAGUCAUUGUUUUUAGUUGGCAUUGAAGGGACUGUACUUUUGUCAUGCUGCAACUGGAAUGGAAUUUUAAUUCCCACACACAUUUGAGCUGCUUUUACUAAACCACAGGCAGAGAUACCACAUGCAGCAUAAAAGAAAAUAGUUGUUACUAUUUUAAUAAAUGGAUUCCAAAAAAUAAUCAACCUUAAAGACUACACACUUAAUUUGUCUUCUUCAAUAAAUAUUAGGAGAGAAGAACUGUUUUGUUUCCAGUAACUUGACUGUAUCCUUACUCAAUAUCCUGUGCUAAGAUUUACAGCUCAGUUUUAUGAUCGAAUGAGUAGAGAAUACCACAGUAAUUUGCUGAUCAUGUCUUGUUUUAAAAUAACAAAAUCAAAAUACCUUUUGAACUAUUAUGCUUUUUAGAAAUUCUCCAGCUUGAUUACCUCUGAUUUUGAACGCUGGAAGCUAUGCUGAAUUACAGCUUACAACUUCUCAAUACAAAUGAUCAGCACACUCUUUCUGUAAAUAUAUGUAAUUAUUGAUUCCUCUAUGAUUACUGCCUUGCUGUUAGACAAGGUCAUUUGCAGAGUGCUUAUUUUAUUCAAAUAUGUGUCAAAGUGGAAAUGUCUUUCCUUCGGGUCAGUGCCAGUGAAUCAUUAACAAUAUCUUACUAUUAAAAUUUCAUGGGACAAUAGGGCUAAAGUAAGGUGCUAUUGCAUCUUACAUUCCACAUCAUUGCCUUCCUUUAGUUUCUAUUCAUUGUGAUUGAAUGAAAUGAAUGUAAGACUGACAUGUAUCACUCUCAUCUUUUUGCUAAGACUAUCAUGCUCUCUGAUGUCUCUCUGAUUUCUAUUAACGUCGUUUGCUAUCUGUGUUCAUUAAUACCCUCAAUAUGCAUGCACAGAAAGUGUAUUAACUUCUCAAUUCACUGAAGUUUCAUUGUUUGAAAUGACUGCCUUACAUUGUGAAUCCAUGAAUGAGAUAAAGUCUUCAGGAUGGAUUUUGGGCACUGUGGUAUGAAAAUUACACAAUGUUCUGGUUAAGAGAUGCAGAUACAGCCCUUGACUAGUGAUCGCACUGUGGCUUAGUGAUAGAUCUAUCAGGCAAACCUGCUUUGUCAGCAUGGUGGUGUACAUAAUUGAACCAGAAUUCAGUGAGGAGGAAUGGAUCUGAUGGCAAACUUAAAUGCCAACAUCAAUCCAGGUACUAGUAACCAACUAAAGGAAAUGGGUGAGUUUCAAACCUGCACUGAAAAGUUGAGAAAGGUAGAUUAUACUGUAUUUUCCAUUGAAGAUUUUUCAGUGACAUAUUCUAAUUAAUUAUUAGCAGCUUUGUCUUUCAUUACUUGGUAAAAAAAAAUUAAAGCAUUUUGCUUCCCUUACAGUUUGCAAAGCGCAGGUAGGUUGUUAAUAACAGUGAUUGAUUGCAUUGAAGCACACUUGUGCCUUUCAGUAAAUGAUCUCGUUAGAUGCACAUAGCACAUAAUUUCAUUAUGGAAGUUUUAUUUAAUAAAUGAUGCAUUAAUGACAAAUUACUAGAAUCUAAAAAAAAUAAAAUAAAUUAUUCAUGACAUCAUAGUUAUUGAUAGGAAAAAUUCAAAUGUAGGAUUAACAAAUUAAGAAUGAUAAAUAUGUGAAAUGGCAUUAUAUGCCAACUGUUUUCUUACUAAUUGGUGACUGUCUUGUGCACUAACUAUGGGACUGAUAUAAAUCUGUAUAUAGAAUAUUUAUAAGUGUUAAGAGAGUAAGAAUAUAGACAUAUAUUUAUACAGAACAAAAAGACUGACGUAUGUGUUGUACAUGAUGUACAGAUAUUUAUAUUGAUUAGUUUUAAUCAUUGCAUUACUGUGGCACAGAAUUUAGGAGCAGCAGCAUGUGAAACAAGAAAAUUAUUCAAUGUAAGUUCAACAUGAAAGAAGUUCCUAUUUCCAGCCAAACUGAUAUGGACAGUCCACAGUAUCUUUAUGUACAGCAAAUCAGAUUGGCCAAAAGUGGCAUUGUAAUUUAUAUGAGUAGACAUUGCUUGCUAUAUUCUCAUGCACAUAUUAGGUGGGUAACACACCACAUGUAUAGUAGCGUGCUCAUGUAGUGCUAAAAAUAGGAUGCAGUUCCUUUAUUUUCCAAUCAGGUCUUUUAGUGUAUUGGAGAAAAUAUCAGUUUUGCUGCUUUUUAUCAGUGGAGUGAAAGUUUUGCUGGCAUUCGCUGUUGAUCCCUCAUGACUCUGGAUAGUUUGGUGGCUCACUUCAAUCGAUAGUCUCCGGUCAACUGUGUUAGUAUGACACAGAUUUUACAGAAGGCUGAGCUGGAGAGGGAUAUUCCCCAAAGGACUCUGUUCAGCCAUUGGGAUUUGAUGACGGCUUGUCAGCUUCACUCUAAAACUGGCAACAGAUUUUUAUUUCCCUAUUACUUUAAAGCUGAAUUCAAAUGUGGACAAUAGCAUAAUAGCAUUUAAGCACUUCUGGAUUAUUAAUUUGGGCCUAUGAAUUACAAGGCCAGCAACAUAAAUAUGGCAGUACUGUACUGACUUGUGUAAAUUUGCUGUAACGUGUUGUGUCUUUGUUUAGUUUUAUGGUGUUUGAAAAUUGGUAUAAAGCAUUUAUGAU